AUGGAAAGCUGUCCCACACCCUGUGUGCCACAGUCACACAUUUAUGCGGACAUAGAUUUCAAUGUUCGCUCACUUUUGUUGAUUUUGAGCGGUACGUCAACGACUGAAGAAGGCGACAUCCUAGAACUAGAAGAUAUCUAUCAGUUACGAGAGGACCUUGAGGUUCUGAUACGAAAUGUAUCGUAUUAUCACCCGAUCCAGGAACUCCAUGAAAGGAUUCUAUCGUUGAAAACAACGGUUGAUCAAUUUACAAAACAAGAAAUCAGUAUAGAAGAGAGAGUCAGAUUUCAAUAUCAGAUGCAUUCGGAUGAAACGAAAGACAAAUUCACGGAUGUCUCAAUAGUUUGCAGCAAAGAGCGGGAACGAAUCGAAGAACUUGAGAAGAAUGAAAUCAGAUAUAAAAGUGCAUUGGAAAAUAAAAAUAGCAGAAUAAAGUCAUUAGAAGAGAAGGUAGCCAUCCUGUCAGAGAGUAAUGAAAAAUUAUCUUCCACAGUUAGCCAAAUGAAAGAGUGGAAUGUAACAUUUGCAAAUACGAAAGACUGGAUUUUGAAGAAUACUCACAAUCGACUCUCCAUGUGCAGUGCAGAACUAUCUUUCUUCAAAACAACAUUCAACGAGGCAUGUAUUAUUUUCAUCUCUGUAUAA